CAACUGUUGAAUGUUGUAGGCGAACUCUUCGACUGAAAAAAGGUAAAAUAAAAUAAAGCUCUAUCACAGUUACACCCCUUGGUUGCAAUCGAGGAUGCUGGCGUAAGCUCGGUAGUUUACUACACCAAUCCCAUGCUUUGUGAUGGGAACUACAGGGAAUUUAGUUGUACCAGUUGUGCUGUGGGGGCACCAUGCCCCCACACACUGUAUUUCAGCGAUUACCAUGAACUCACAAUUAGACAGUAUUGUUACUGGUUGUAACGAUGGUCAAAUAGUCAUAUGGGAGGUCACUCGCUUAUGGCAGAUAUAUCCACGACACAUGCUGUUUGGACACACAGCUUCAAUUUCUUGCUUAUCAUUCGGUAAUGAGCAACAUGGAUUUCCUUAUGUUGUUAGUAGUUCAGAAAAUGGAGAAAUGUGUCUUUGGGAUACCAGUGAUGGACGUUGCCUUGAAUCUACCAAAUUACCUUUAGUUCAUACAUGUAUUCAGUCUUACCGGUUUCGCGGUAGUCAAGAGAUCCGUCUUGUUUGUAAUGGCUUUUACCCAGAGAUCCAUGUUAUGGAUCCAUUUGGAUUUGAGAUAAUCUUCUCCUUACAUUCCAAAGUUACUCCAAAUUGGAUCAGUGCAUGCUGCAUUUUAAGACCAGUGAAAGGAGAGGAUGAUGUGGUAGUAGCAGUUUCUAAUUCAGGUGCUGUUAAAGUUUGGAGUCUGUCUGGUGAAGAAUCUAAGCUAAAGCCUGUUUAUGAAGAUGAAUCUAAGCAGAUUCGUUGUUUAAAUGCCCAAACACUGCGUUGCUGCCCAUACAAUCAGAGAACAGUUUUGAUUGUCUGUUCUAAAUCCUGGCAGGUCUAUAACUAUGACCUGGCGGCCGGAGUGUCCGCAGCAAAAGACGCAUUGAUUUAUGAUGCUAGUGAUUUCACAUUGUUGUGUUCAGAAUCCAAUCGAAAUGGAGAGCAUUGGGUUGGUGGUGAUUUCAUAUCUGUUGAUAGGGUAGUUGUCUGGAAUAAUGAAGGGAAAGGCUACCUGUAUAAGCUCCCUACCAAUCUACUAAAAGGAAAGGCACUGAGCAGUACUAAUCCAGAGAGUCCAGACUACCAUGCCCACUAUCAACCUUCAUCUCCCCAGGCCUAUUAUGUAUUGAAUACACUAAAAGAACAGCAAUGUGUUUGUUCUCCUGCAAUGGAUUUUCAACGUGGUGGUAAAAACAAUGAUGAAAAGUUUCUCUUGUGCGGUAACUCCGAGGGACAGAUUCUUGUAUGGAAUCUACCAGAUAUUUCAGAACCUAAAACAACCUGUAUCAAACAAGAUAACUAUUAUAAUCUGCCAACCCUUUACCCAAAAGUGAAAACAGCUCUCCAAGAUUUAUGGGAUGAAAAUCCAGCUACCUCUGUUGGAUUACUCGAUCAAUUGUGUGAACAAAAGAGAGGUCUUGAAAUUACUGCUACUAUUCACAUUCCAUCUCAAGGUUUCGUAGUAUGUGGUCGCCAGGAUGGCAGUUUAAUUAUUGCACCUGCUACAAAAUGUGUUAUACUUCAACUGCUGCAUAAGAAAGAACUAACUCCUAAUAAAAUCAGUGUAAAAGUAUUACAGGGACAUGAUGGACGUGUCACAUGUUUACUAUAUCCAUGUAAUGAAUCUACUCGUUAUGAGUCUGCACAUCUUAUUUCUGGUGGAACCGACUUUUCUGUGAUUCUUUGGGACAUGUUUCAAGGAAUCAAGCUCCAUACGUUUACCGUUCAUGGAGGUGAAAUAACACAACUUCUGGUCCCUCCAAAUAGCUGCAAUCCUCGGAUUUUGACAGCUAUAUGUUCGGUCGCAAGUGAUCACUCUGUUACUCUCUUGAGUUUGCGUGAAAGGAAAUGUAUCAUGUUAGCUGGACGGCAUUUGUUUCCUGUUCGGGUAAUAAAAUGGCGGCCUCUGGAUGACUUUAUGGUGGUAGGUUGCACUGAUGGGACAGUAUAUGUCUGGCAAAUGGAAACAGGUCACCUUGAUCGGUGUGUUCAUGGAAUCAUUGCUGAAGAAAUUCUCAACAAUUGUGAUGAACAUGCAGUUGCAGUAGAAGCAUUAACAAAUCCAAGUAUUACACUCACUCAAGCCUUGAAGCGGCGUAAUUUAGCCACUUUCCGGAACCUUGCUCAACAAAAGCUAACACAAAAUCCUGGGCCUACUCAAGUCCAGCCUUUGAUAUCUGCUGCACCAAAACCAGAACUAGUUAAGCCACAAGCAUCACCCUUACUUAUACAGGGUAUCCGCACUAACACCAACAAUCCAGAUGCCCAUUUGUUAUUCUUUGAUACAGAAUCCCUUAUAGUUCAACUCUUAACAGAAGAGUAUGCUUUGAUGACGCCAGGUGAAAUAGAAGCAUUUAAUACCACCAGUCCUACCAUGGAAAGGUUACACAAUGCAAUACAACCAGAGGUCAGUGAAGCGGCUGUGAAAAUUGCUGGUUUAAUUGCUAAAGUGAAGGACAAGGCAGAAAAUGUUGGCCACAAGAUACAAAAUAAAGUUGAAGCCACACAAUAUUCUCCUCAAUCAUCUCCAAAACAAAGCAAUCGGCCAUCUGUGACAUCACUUACCUCAGAAAAGCAUCGACCAAAUAGCAUUCACAUAAAAUCAAUUGACAUAACCAUGGAAACUGCUCAGCUAUUUAUGUCAUGCUUGCAUGCAUGGGGCCUUGAUCCUGAUCUAGACAAACUUUGUCACAGCAAGCUGGGCUUGCUGCGACCCAAGAGAGCCGUGUCCUUUGGCUUGUUCUCUCGCCAUGGGCACAUGUCUCUUUUGCUUCCUGGUGGGCACAAAAAGCAGUUUCGUCUUCAGCAAAACCUUUUACUUCAGAAUGUGAUCUCAAAUAAAAAACCAACUUUAAUAGAGCAAGUACGCCAGAAAUCUAUGGAAGAUUUAAUUACUUUCGAUGAAUUUGAAAUGGAUUCAUCAACAGAAAAUGACGACAAUGAAAGUGAUGCUGCUUUAGCAAUGAAUAGUUCUAACACUGGUAAUAGUUUUCCUGAAGAUGAAAUUCACAGAUUCUCUACCAAAUCUCGCUGGCAGAUAUCACAGGCUAUUACUACUCAACAUCUUUUGAGUGUCAUUUCUGUUGCUAACACUUUAAUGAGUAUGAACUAUGCUUCUUUUUUGGAAGGAAGUCAUUUGAAACGAAUAAAAAGACGGAAAAAACAACAAUCAUUAAGUACAAUGGCACAGACAGACCCUGAUAGUGAUGAGGAAGGAGAACGAGCAUCAAUUCAACAAGCUCAAAUUAAACAAGGUUGGAGCUUACUUGCAGCUUUACACUGUGUUCUUUUACCAGAGCUAGUUGGGUCUGGUAAUUACCAGGCACCACAAGUAGAAAUGUUGGCUAGAAGAUGGCAAGACAGGUGCCUUGAAAUUCGUGAAGCUGCUCAGGCUUUGCUCUUGGCUGAAUUGCGGAGGAUAGGUCCAGAAGGUCGGAAGAAAGUGGUUGAUGAGUGGGCUCCACAUCUGCCUACAUAUGUUGAUCCUAGUGUCAGUCUGAUGAAUGAGAACCUUCAUAAAGGUGAAGGGGAUGAAGAGGAAGAGGAUGAAGAAGAACAGAUAUUAACUGAAGGUGAACCACCAGCCAAUAAACUCUCCAGCAAUUUUGAGUCACGCAGGAAACAGGCCACUGCAAUCAUCAUGCUUGGAGUUGUAGGAGCAGAGUUUGGGCAUGAGAUUGAACCUAGCAAACGUAAACCGGACACAGACCAAAAGAAGCUUCGCCGUGCAGGCCAAGAAGGUUUUAGCUUGUCAAACUAUUCACUAGCCCGUCUUACUAGUCAUGCAUUAACAUUUUUGCUGUCACAACCAGCAUCUCAGCGAAUACCUGCUUACACACCUAUUCGCCGUGCAUCCAUAGAUUUGCUUGGAAGAGGUUUUACUGUCUGGGAACCUUACCUCGAUGUAUCUGCAGUUUUACUUGGACUGUUAGAGCUUUGUGUUGAUGCUGAUCGUUUGGUUCCAAAUAUGACUUUUGGCCUUCCAUUGACACCCUAUGCUGAUGCUAGCCGCACAGCUCGGCAUUCAUUGUCACUGAUAGCCACAGCCAGACCACCUGCUUUCAUAAUCACAAUGGCAAAAGAAGUUGCUCGUUAUAAUACAUUAGCUCAAAACGCACAACCUCAGCAUCCGCAGUUAAUGAAUUUGGUCCUUGUCAGAGCCAAAGCAGAAAUAUUGCGUGUUGUAGAACUUUUAGUAGAUAAAAUGCCAAAUGAUGUAGCAGAACUCCUAAUUGAGGUGAUGGAUGUCGUUGUACAUUGUCUUGAUCUUUCUCAAUUGAAAAGUAAAGGAUUACAAGAAGUAUUCCCAGCUAUUUGCAGAUUUGGUAUGGUUACAUAUUGUAGUCAUAACAAGAGAAUUUGGGUUGGUGCCAAAAAUGGAACUUUGGCUUUCUAUGAAUUAAAACCACAUUCAAAGUGUACUACUAUCAGUGCCCAUACUGGUCCUGUUAUAGCUGUUAUGGUUUCUCCAGAUGGCAAACAUUUAGCUUCAUACUCACAUGCUGAUAGCAAAUUAAAAUUUUGGCAGACAGCUUCAUCCAACAUCUUUGGCAUCGGCCCCCAGCAGACUAAGUGCGUAAAACAACUGUCUACUCCACCUUGUCAUGUAACUCCACUCACUAACUUAUUAAAACUGGUUCGACUGGUGUGGCUGGACAACCGAACUGUGGUUCUGCUCACGGUUGAUGGCACAGAGGCCAAAUAUACAAUAUGAAACAGUAGUUGGUAACUAUUGCAUCUGGAAUUACUUGCAACCUGCAAGCAACAUCUGUCCAAGUAUGUAUGAAAACUAGAUUUCCAUUUAGGGCUGUGAGAAUCAAACAUUACUUGGGCUGUUGGUGAAGAUGCCAAAAAUAAAACACUUUGGCCAAUUUAUUCAUUAUGUCAUUUCUUAACAUGUUUAAAAAGUCAUCUGAUUCAGUUGCUUGUGACAUUGUGUUUAGAACUUAUUCUUAUUCCAAUUCCAUUAAUCAUUUUCAAAUCUGUGGACUUCUAAUUUCUUUCUAACAUGGGCCAAGCUAAAUCAACUUAUUUAAAAUAUUUAUAUGAUGACUGUCAGAUAUAGAAUGAAAUGUACAAGUCUUUUAUUAUUUUGUUUAAAACUUUUUUUUUUAAGAGAGAAACUUGAAAAAUUGUUUGUUUUUUGAGAUUUUUAUCUUAAAAACAAAAACUGCAGAAAACAAUAUUGUUAUUGAAAUUUAGGAAAAAUACAAUCUUGAUAUAUUUCUCAUUUUCUUUCUUAUAAAGAAUACAUUCUGUAUUCUGUUUUGGUCAAAAACAAAAAAAAAAUGGCAAUUGGAAGCUAUAGGGAAAAAUGCCCACUUGGAAUAUUUCAACUAUA